AAUAUGUAAUCAAUAUAAAAAUUAUUAGUAGGAUAUGUUCCCUUUUUUGUCUUGUAUCUUUGAAAUCUAUGUUUACUUUACACUAACAGCACAUCUCUGUUUGGACUAGUCACAUUUCAAGUGCUAACCUGUCAUUGGUGGCUACCACGCUGGACAGUGUAUAAGAAUUUAGCUUCUCACGUAGUUUCUUUACAUCAGCAGAGAAUUUUCUGGGCAAGCUGCCAUCAGUAUAUGGCCCCUUGAAAGUUACAUCUAGCUGUAAAGGAUUAUAAAGGAAUAAACUGGCAUUUGAGAGUUUGGUACAUCAGGCUUUUGUGCAUUUGGUUAGUGGGAGUCAGCACCUCUGACCAGUCAGCUGUGGGAUACUCGCAGGACCUGGUUCUUCACUGUGUAAGGCUGAGAGCUAGAUGCCUCACCCUCUACUGAACUCCUCUCUGUGGGAUUAUGCUGUGGCCAGCAGACCUCUCCCAGGCGGCCACCUGGCCUUCCCCUCCCAUUUCUCUGAGCUGUGAGCUCCCUCAGUCCUCAGGGGCUUGACGUUGGGUAGCAAUACGGUUUCUCAUCCAGCCAGUUAUGAAAAAAAUUCCUUAUCGAAAAUGUUAAGAGGCCCCGCCCUCGGCCCAGCCACUCACUCCGUUCCUCACGCUGCAGCCCCCGCCGUAGCUGCCGCGGAGCCCACUGCCACCGCUUCUGAGCAGAAGAUGGCUGUGCCUCCCACAUACGCUGAUCUUGGCAAAUCUGCCAGGGACGUCUUCACCAAGGGCUAUGGAUUUGGCUUAAUAAAGCUUGAUUUGAAAACAAAAUCUGAGAAUGGACUGGAAUUUACAAGCUCAGGUUCAGCCAACACGGAGACCACCAAAGUGACAGGCAGUCUGGAAACCAAGUACAGAUGGACCGAAUAUGGUCUGACGUUUAUGGAGAAAUGGAACACUGACAACACACUAGGCACGGAAAUUACUGUGGAAGAUCAGCUUGCACGUGGACUGAAGCUGACCUUCGAUUCAUCCUUCUCACCAAACACUGGGAAAAAAAAUGCUAAAAUCAAGACAGGGUACAAACGGGAGCACAUCAACCUGGGCUGCGACGUGGAUUUCGACAUUGCUGGGCCCUCCAUCCGGGGUGCUCUGGUGCUGGGCUAUGAGGGCUGGCUGGCUGGCUACCAGAUGAACUUUGAGACCGCGAAGUCUUGAGUGACCCAGAGCAACUUUGUGGUUGGCUACAAGACCGAUGAGUUCCAGCUUCACACUAAUGUAAAUGAUGGGACAGAGUUUGGUGGCUCCAUUUAUCAGAAGGUGAACAAGAAGUUGGAGACUGCUGUUAACCUCGCCUGGACAGCAGGAAACAGUAACACUCGCUUCGGAAUAGCAGCCAAGUACCAGAUCGACCCUGAUGCCUGCUUCUCGGCUAAAGUGAACAACUCCAGCCUGAUAGGUUUAGGAUACACUCAGACCCUAAAGCCAGGAAUCAAACUGACGCUGUCAGCUCUGCUGGAUGGCAAGAAUGUCAACGCUGGUGGACACAAGCUUGGUCUAGGACUGGAGUUUCAAGCAUAAAUGAAUACUGUACAAUCGUUUAAUUUUAAACUAUUUUGCAGCAUAGCUACCUUCAGAAUUUAGUGUACCUUUUAAUGUUGUAUGUCUGGGAUGCAAGUAUUGCUAAAUAUCAUGUUAGACUCCCAGGGUAAAGAUGAUUCAGCUUUAGGGUGUUGCCCUUUCAAAGGUACAGAAGAAACGCAAUUCUAAAAAAGGUCCUUUCAGCUGUAGACUUGGGGGGAACUUGCUGGCCCCUCUAGAGAUGCCAGGUUUCUUUUUACCUAGAAAUGGCUGCAAGUGGAAGCUGAUAAUUUGUAGGCACUUUGUAAAUCCAUAUUGAGUAAAUGAAUGAAAUUGUGACUUCCUGAGAAUUGAACCUUGGUUUCCUACCCUAAUUGAGGAGAGGCUCGUUGUUUGAUGGUGUGUACAAACUAAUCUGAAAGGGACUUUUUUAGACAGAUCUUCAUGGCCUGUUUCCACCCAGUCCAUCACC